CUUUAUCAAUUUCCGGCGAAUUGGAAAUUUUGAAGGUUUUUGAUUUCUUCAGAGCAAAUCGGAGUUUGUUACAGUUGAGGGAACGUCGAAGCUGAUCGAUCCUCAAUUUGAUGAACAAGGCGUUAUCUAAGGAACCCUAAUUUGUUUUCUCCGGUGCGAAAGCUUGUUUUUUGUUCAUCGUCGAAGGAAUUGAGAUUAUAGUUUUGAAACGAUUCUAAGAUCAUAACUGGUUAAACGUUUAAGGUAAUGUCUGGAAGAAACCGUGGACCUCCUCCUCCACCUUCGAUGAAAGGUGGGUCUUACAGUGGCUUACAACCUCCGGUUCACCAACAACCGCCUUUCGUUAGAGGCUUGGGAGGAGGAGGACCAGUGCCACCACCUCCUCAUCCUUCUAUGGUUGAUGAUGGUAGGGAAGCUCCACAGUUUAGAGUUGAUGCAAGAGGUCUUCCUCCACAGUUUUCAAUCAUGGAGGAUCGUCUCGCUGCUCAGAACCAAGAUGUUCAGGGGUUACUUGCUGAUAACCAGACGGUGGCUGCUAUUCAUGUGGCGCUGAAUCAGGAACUUGAAGUUGCUCAGCAUGAGUUGCAGAGAAUUAUGCAUUACAUUGAUUCAUUGAGAGCUGAGGAAGAGAUCAUGAUGAGGGAGAUGUAUGAUAAAUCUAUGCGGUCCGAAAUGGAACUGCGUGAAGUUGAUGCUAUGCGAGCUGAGAUUCAGAAGAUUCGGGUGGAUAUUAAAGAGUUGACUUCGGGUAGGCAAGAACUUACCAGCCAGGUUCAUGUGAUGACUCAAGAUUUGGCUAGACUUACAUCAGAUUUGCAGCAGAUACCAACACUAACUGCAGAAAUUGAGAACACAAAGCAAGAGUUGCAAAGAGCAAGAGCGGCUAUUGAUUAUGAGAAGAAAGGGUAUGCGGAAAAUUACGAGCACGGCAAGAUCAUGGAGCAUAAAUUAGUUGCAAUGGCUCGGGAACUGGAGAAGCUUCGAGCAGAGAUUGCUAACUCAGAGUCGAGAGCUCAUGCAAAUGGCCCUGUUGGGAAUCCUGGUGGAGUUGCUUAUGGUGGUGGCUAUGGAAAUCCUGAGGCUGGGUAUCCUGUGAAUCCUUAUCAACCCAACUAUGUCAUGAAUCCAGCACAAGCAGGCGUUGUUGGCUAUUAUCCUCCUCCUUACGGACCGCAGGCUGCGUGGGCUGGUGGCUACGAUCCGCAGCAGCACCAGCAGCAGCCAUAAGGACAACAAGGACAUCGAUGAAAAAUUCUUCCAUCUGUCUUUCCAGCAACUCUCAUGAAAUUUCUUUUUGUAAGUUUACUCUGAUUAUUGAGGAUGAUGCAUAUAAUUAUUGCAAAUGAUUAUAAAACAAGCAGCAAAAAGCCAUAAA